CCCGUUACGUUUGAUCGACGUCAUCACUGCGCGACAGACAGCUAGCUACGCAGUUUGUUUGUUGAAAUUUUCCGUCGCGGAGGAAAGUUUGACCCGGAUCCGCACAGUCCCGCACAGUCCCGCACAGACCCGGACUAGGACCAGUACCGACCAGCCCGUGAUCCGGAUUAGACCCAGUCCGGUUCUCUGCUGGUUUGGAGAGGUUUAGCAGAAGGCUAACAGUUAGCUUUAGCACGUUAGCUCAGAUUACCUGCCGUUAAUAAUCCCGGGGUGUGUUUGAUUCGGAGUUGCUGAUGGAGUAUCCCGGAGGAGGAGCGGGAGGGGCGGUGCUGAGCAGCAGCAACGUCCCGGCCUUUCUCACCAAACUGUGGACCCUGGUGGAGGACCCGGACACGGACCCGCUCAUCUGCUGGAGCCCGAGUGGAACCAGCUUCCACGUGUUUGAUCAGGGUCGAUUCUCCAAAGAAGUUCUACCAAAGUUCUUCAAACACAACAACAUGGCGAGUUUCAUCCGGCAGCUAAACAUGUACGGGUUCCGUAAGGUGGUCCACAUCGAGCAGGGAGGUCUGGUGAAACCAGAGAGAGACGACACAGAGUUCCAACAUCCGUUCUUCAUCAGAGGACAAGAACACCUGCUGGAGAACAUCAAACGCAAAGUCACCAACGUGUCGUCGGUGCGUCAGGAGGAAGUGAAGAUCUCUGCAGAUGAAGUGAACAAGAUUCUGACGGACGUGCAGCUGAUGAAAGGCAAACAGGAAACAAUUGACUCAAGAAUCCUCGCCAUGAAACACGAGAAUGAGGCUCUGUGGAGAGAAGUGGCCAGUCUGAGACAGAAACAUGCACAGCAGCAGAAGGUCGUCAACAAGUUGAUCCAGUUCCUGGUGUCUCUCGUCCAGUCCAACAGGAUCAUGGGAGUCAAGAGAAAAAUUCCUCUGAUGCUGAAUGACUCUAGCUCCGCCCACUCCAUGCCUAAAUAUAGCCGACCAUUUUCAUUGGAGCACAUGCAGGCUGCAGCCAGUCUGUUCUCCGCAGACUCCCCUGUAACCUCUGGACCAAUCAUCUCUGACAUCACAGAGGUGGCCACACCCACGGAGGAGGAUGUAGUCAGUGAUUGGACGGAUACAGGAGAGAGCCAAUCGAUGAACGUCAAAGAGGAGCCUUCCAGUCCUGACGUGGAGGUGUGUCCUGUUCAGGAGGGCGGUGCUGCAUCUGUAGACACGCCCCUCUCCCCCACCACCUUCAUCAACUCCAUCCUGCAAGAGAACGAGACGCAGCCGGCCCAGACCACCUCCACAACCAAUCCUGCAGCAGUCAGUCCUGUUGUUGUGAUGAGCCACACCUCCACUGGGCCCCUCCCACCAGCUACAACCAGCCAAUCACCUGCCUCCUUUCCUACUCCGAAUUCUGCCCCCAUCCCCGCCACAUCUCAGCAGAAAUGUCAGACCGUCGCCUGUAUCGACAAACCCCGCCCCCCUCCCUCUGCAGGUGGACACUCACCUGACGUGUGGCGCUUCGCUUCAACUCGAGCUGACAAGUGUGAACUGUCUGAUCAUGUUGAGAUUAUCGACAACGGUCUUGAAAACCUGCAGAACGUCUUGAACACACAAACGUUCAGCUUCGACACCUCCCCGCUGUUCGAGUUUUUCAGCACUUCCUGUCCCCCGGGAGACUUCGACCUUGACAGUUUGGACACUCUCCUGUCUGAAGAAGCUCCGAAAGGAAGUGAUGAAGGCAACACCUGCAACACAGGGAAGCAGCUGGUGCAGUACACACCUGUGCAGACGUCUGAACCAAUCGGUUUGGGGGAGGGCGGGGCUGACCUGCCACCUCCGCUGGAGCUGGAGGCGGAGCCUUUCUUAAGCUCAGACCCACCAACCGAUGACCCGGCCGCCGCCCUGCUGAGCCACGCCAACCUGGACGCUGACCUCUGACAUCAUCAGAAGGAGGCGGAGACUUGAGAAUAGUGUUGAAUGUGACUCAUCAGUAACCAUAGCAACACGACAGUCUGAGCAUGCUCAGCAGCAGCAGUAGAUGAUGAUCAGCUGUAGAUCAAUCAGUAGGUCAAAGGUCGAGUUUUUAUUAACCCCUUUAUAUACCUGUGUCUUCUUCUACUCUUUUUAUUGUAGCGUUUGCUUCUUCUUUGCUUUAAUUUAAUCUUUCGUUUGAUGCUUCCCGAGUUUCUCAGAGAACCGGGGUCACAUCUGUGUGUCACCUGUGAUGUCACACCUGGACCGGACAAGUGUUCUGUUUGUUCUGCAUGUUCCAUGUUUCCAACGAUGAUGAGGAUGAGGAUGAUGAUGAUGACAAUGAUGACGACUAAGUGGUUUAUAAGUUAAAGGAUGUGAAGUUUGGAA